AUGCAGCUCCCUCUUCUCACCCUCGCCGCCCUGGCGCCCCUCGUCGCCGCCCACUUCAAGCUCGACUAUCCCGAGUCCCGCGGCGUGGAUGAAGACAAAAUGACCCAAUUCCCCUGCGGCGGGCUCUCCGCCUCCUCAGACCGCACCAAGGUCGCCCUAUCCAAGGACGGUUCCGCCACCCUGCCCGUCGCUAUCACCCUGGGCCACUCGCAAACCGCCGUCGAGGUUGUCCUGGCUCUGGGCAACGACCCCGGCAAGAACUUCAACGUCACUGUGAAGCCGACUUUCCGUGUCGAGGGCCUCGGCGCGUUCUGUAUCCCGGAUAUCAAAUUCGAUCAGGACAAAUUGGGCGUUAACCUCACCGAUGGCAUGAAUGCUACCGUGCAGGUGCAGAGCAACGGUGACCCUACGGGAGGGUUGUAUGCUUGCGCCGAUAUUCAAUUCUCCUCGAGCACCAAGGACGAACAACCGUCUUCCUGCAAGAACAACACCGGUGUCUCGGCCACCCCAUUCUCUGAGGCCGCGGCGAAGCGCAAUGCCAACGAGUCGACUGCUGAAGGCGAAGCUCAGAGCGGCGGCUCCUCGGCGUCUGGUUCCUCGACUGGCAGCUCGCCUUCUUCGACUGGUGCUGCCGUUGCGCUGGAGACGGCUGCUUGGGGAAUUAUCGGAGCUGCUGUUGUUGGAGGCGGAUUGGAGCAAUACGCCACCGCCAGGCACCAUCUGGGCUUCUUCUACAAUGCCGGUGUCACCGCCGAUUACACUUUGCCAAGCACCUACGCCCUCCCCGCAAAGGAGUAUAUCUACAAGGCCUGCGAGACGCUAAUAGCCCAGCACCCGAUCCUCUCCGCCAUCCCAGUGGGCGAGGAAACGAAAGAGCCCUAUUUUGUGCGUCUGCCGCAGAUCGAUCUGAACGGUCCGGUUUCGUUCCAUGAGCGUGCUGUCGGGUUCCCGGACGCCGAAGACGCCCAAGAUGAGGAUCUAGAAGCCCUGGUGAAAGUUCAGCACAAUACGGCGUUUGAGCCGCCGUUGCCCUAUUGGCGGCUGUGCGUUCUGACACACGAGAAAGAUGAACGGCGGUUUACAGCGGCGUUUAUCUUCCAUCAUGCGCUUAGUGACGGGGAGUCUGGGAAGGCGUUCCAUCGGACGUUUUUGCGCGCGUUGCAGGGUCUGGAGACGCUAGGGGUCGGAGACGCGACGACGGGGAUUGUGAAGACACCGGAGAUGCCACUCUUGCCGACGCUGGAACAGGCGCAUCCGCUGCCUCUGUCGUGGUGGUUUAUUGCGACGACGCUGUUCAAGGCCAAGGUUUGGUCCCCGCCGCGGAAUCCCGGGCUUUGGACGGGCAGGAGGAUCGCCUCAUCCUUGGACACCGAUGUGCGGCAUUUUGCGCUCUCAAGGGCCUCGAGCUCGGCGUUUCGAGAUGCCUGUCGUCAGAAUGGAACUACUGUGACUGGGGCGUUGCAGGUUAUUGUCGCUCGCUCGCUGUUCAAGCAUUUGCCGGAUGGUUGUACGCAGCUGGAAUGCUCCUGCAAUGUUUCGACUCGGAGAUGGCACCUGGGUGUCAUUACCCCCGACUCUAUCGGGGACUGGGUGAAUGGCUUUAAGGAAACGCACGACCGUGCGAACUUGACUCUUCCGUCUUUUCCAUGGGAGGAGGCUCGACGGGCUCGCGAGACAAUCGAGGGCGUGCUGAGAUUGCAGGGCAAGGAUAUGGCCCCGGCACUUUUGAAAUACGUUGACGAUAUCCAUGAAGAGCUUUUUCUCUCGAAAGUAGGGAGGGAACGCGAUUCGAGUUUUGAGAUCUCGAAUAUCGGCGCGGUCGGGUUGAAGGAGGCCCAGGAUCCUUCGAUGCCGCGGAUGGGCCGGAUGAUGUUUUCUCAGAGCGCCAGCGUUACGGGUUGCGCUGUCGUAGUGUCCUCUGUCACCGGUCCGGAUGGGUGUCUGGUCCUCACAUUUGUGUGGCAGAAGGGAAUCGUGGAUGAGGAUCUGAUGUCAUCUUUGAUUCCGACCGUGAAGGCGGAAUUGCUCGGUCUGUGUGUUGAGCAUUGA